CGGCGGGCGCCGAGUGAGGGCGAGCGGAGGCGGCGGCUCCGCUCCCGGCGGUCUCCCCGGCGCGGGCCCGCGGAGGCGGAGGAAUGAGGCGGUUCCGCGGCGGCCGGUUGUCGUGAGGGGGCGCGGGCAGGCAUCAUGGCGGGGAUUAUCAAGAAGCAGAUUCUGAAGCAUCUCUCCAGGUUCACCAAAAAUCUGUCACCUGACAAGAUCAACCUGAGUACAUUAAAGGGUGAAGGUCAACUGACCAAUUUAGAGUUGGAUCAAGAGGUGCUUCAGAACAUGCUGGAUCUACCAACAUGGCUUGCUAUAAACAAGGUCUUUUGCAAUAAGGCAUCUAUUAGGAUACCGUGGACAAAGUUGAAAACGCAUCCCAUCUCUUUGUCUUUGGAUAAAGUUGUUAUGGAAAUGAGUACAUGUGAAGAGCCACGUGCACCUAAUGGACCCUCUCCUAUAGCAACUGCAUCAGGACAAAGUGAAUAUGGCUUUGCUGAAAAAGUGGUAGAAGGAAUUUCUGUUUCUGUGAAUUCCAUUAUAAUAAGGAUUGGCGCAAAAGCUUUUAAUGCCUCAUUUGAACUUUCUCAACUGAGAAUAUAUAGUGUAAAUGCAAACUGGGAACAUGCUGACCUGCGAUUUACCAGAAUACAAGAAGCUCAGCUUGGCGAGGUUUUGACUUUUAAAGAAAUCAACUGGCAGAUGAUUAGAAUAGAGGCAGAUGCAAUCCAGAGUUCUGAGCAUGAAAUAUUGAGUGCUCCAGUUCGACUGAUUACCAACCAAUCAAAAAUCAGGGUCACGCUUAAACGAAGGUUAAAGGAUUGUAAUGUAGUGGCAUCAAAACUGGUUCUGAUUCUGGAUGAUUUGCUAUGGGUUUUGACGGAUUCCCAGUUGAAAGCCAUGGUGCAGUAUGCCAAAUCUCUUAGUGAAGCCAUAGAGAAGUCAACGGAACAGAGAAAAAGCUUAGCUUCUGAAACAGCACAGAGCUCUGCCCCUGCACCCAGCUCUCAGCAGGUGAAAGCACACCAGACAACAGCAGCACCUGAUCAAAACGAUGCAAUUGUGAAGCUGUUUAAUGAUUUUGAUGUUAAGGAAACUUCUCAUCAUUUAGUAAUUUCCCAUUUGGACCUACAUAUAUGUGAUGAUAUCCAUUCUAAAGAAAAAGAUUCAAAUAGACGUGUUACAGGAGGGGCCAUGCAGCUUUCCUUCAGUUAUUUGACAGUGGACUAUUACCCAUUUCACAAAGCAGGAGACAGCUGCAAUCACUGGAUGCAUUAUAGUGAUGCCACUAAAACCAGAAGUGGAUGGGCCAAAGAAUUAUUAAAUGAAUUCAAAAACAAUGUUGAAUUGCUUAAGCAGGCUGUGAAGGAUCAGGCUGUAGAUUCUCCUACCAAAUCUCCACCUGCUAUAUCUCUGGAAAAUCUUCAAACAGGCAAGGAACAGAUACCGAAAGGAACAUCUAGGGCUUCCUCUGUAUCUUCCCAACAACCAAAGGGCAAACUGAUGUCUUGUCCUAUUGUGGUUAGACUUGCAGAUUUCAAUAUAUAUCAGGUCUCUACUGCAGACCAGUGUCGUUCUUCCCCUAAAACUCUGAUCUCUUGCAAUAAAAAGUCACUUUAUCUUCCACCAGAAAUGCCAGCUGUUCAUAUUGAAUUCACUGAAUAUUACUAUCCAGAUGGAAAAGACUUUCCUAUUCCAUGUCCAAAUUUGUAUGGCCAGCUGAAUGCUUUACAAUUCACCCUGGAUGAGAGAAGUAUUCUUUGGCUAAACCAGUUUGUCCUGGAUUUGAAACAGAGUCUUGUUCAAUUCAUGGCUAUGUACAAGUUAAACGACAAUUCAAAGUCAGAUGAACAUGUUGAUGUUAGAAUUGAUGGACUAAUGCUAAAGUUCAUCAUUCCCUCUGAAAAUAAACCCGAAAUUCAUAAAGAUCAACCACGUGCAAUUUCCAUUCAAAGUUCAGAAAUGAUUGCUACGAAUACAAGAUACUCACCAAACUGCAGGCACUCUGAUCUGGAAGCUUUGUUUCAAAACUUCAAAGAUUGUGAAUUUUUCAGUAGAACUUUCACCGCAUUUCCGAAGUCCCAGCAGAAUUUUAACCUUUUGCAUCCAAUCUUCCAGAGACAUGCUCAUGAACAAGAUACUAAAAUGCAUGAUGUUUAUAAAGGUUAUAUUAUCCCAAAAUUGAAUAAGUAUGCAUUAAAGACAUCUGCAGCUACUGAUGUUUGGGCCUUGCAUUUUUCCCAGUUUUGGAUAGAUUAUGAAGGAACGAAAAGUGGGAAAGGCCGACCAAUAAGCUUUGUGGACUCAUUCCCACUUUCUCUUUGGAUUUGCCAGCCAGUGAGAUUUGCAAAGUCACAAAAAGAGCUUUUAUCAAAUAAUCAGAAAGCUUUUAACAUUCCAAAAAGUGACUCUAGUGAUCUUGCUAAUAGACUGCAACGCAAAAAACUUCUAAAGGAAUAUUACAGCAGUGAGACAGAGCCCUUGACUAAUGGUAUUCAAGCGCCUCAUUUAUCAGACACUUCAGGAGUACGAUCUGAAAGUUCUUCAUAUGAUGCAGAUGUACAUGUUCUUGUCCAUAUUCAAAAGCACGUAAGCAUGCAGAUCAAUCAUUAUCAGUAUCUUUUUUUGCUGUUCCUCCAUGAAUCUCUUGUAUUACUCCUGGAAAAUUUAAGGAAUGAUGUAGAAGCAGUGACAGGUAAACCUGCAAAGCAAACAGAUGUCUGCAUUGGGAUCCUACUGAAGAGUGCAGAACUAGCCUUAUUACUCCAUCCACUGAGUCAGGGAAACCCCUGUAAGUCUCCAGGUGUGGAAAAAGAAAGUCCCAUGGCAUCAGAGCUCUCCCCUUCGGAAAAUGGGGAAGGUCUUACCUCAGAGAGUAAAUUAGUUAAUAAUAAGGUAAUGCAGGCUAGUAUUACUAAUUUUGAUUAUGUAUCUGACUGCAAGCCUGUGAGUGCUGAAGUUAACAAAGGCAUUUUAAUGGAUCAUCUUUUGUUUAAAUCGGACAGUAAUGUGGAUUUUCAGAAAGGAAUGUCGUUUUCAGAUGAUGCAUCAGAUAAAGGUUUGGGAGACACAAGUGAAGGAGGAAGCAGUGAACUUCUUAGCAGAAGUGAUUCGGAGGAGGUCUGUGGACCACUAAGUGACAAAAGUAGCUUGCAUCAUAGGGAUUCAGUGACUAUUUUGAAUAAGAGAGAAGAUUCUGCUGAGUCUUUUAUUGAAAAAGAGGAUGGCAAAAAUAUACUCUCAAGUAAGUUAAAUGAACAGGAAGGUACAACUGAAGGCUGUCCUAAUCAAGUCACUGACUUGGAAGCAGAAACUGCCUUAGAAUCUGAAGAGCUUGAAAUCAACAAAGAAAAAAUGACCUCAGUUAAAAUGUUUGCCUCCCAGUCUUUAUUAAGUGCAAAGUCUAAGGAACGUUGUCCAUCCAGUCUCCCUGCAUUCUCUGUUUCUUACAAGAAUAUGAAGAGAAGUCCCUCGCAAGUUUCUCUGGAUACCAUUUCUAUUGAUAGCAUGAUGUUAGAGGAACAUUUGAUAGAGAGUGAUGGAAGUGACAGCCAAAGCUUUCUGGAGAAAGGUAUUACAUCCACAAACUAUCAAAGCCCAUCAGAACAAGCCCAUGAAAGAGGCACAGUGACUGAAAAUUGUGGUGGGUCAUCUCCAGAUGCCAUGAGUGCUGCUUCAGAGAAUGCCCAUGAGACUAGUGAAGAAAUGAUGUCUGUUGUGGUUUUUCAAAUAUUUGGUGUUAAUGGUGAAAUUGAUAUCAGAGGUGAAGAUACAGAAAUAUGCCUUCAGGUCAACCAGGUGAUCCCAAAUCAGUUGGGUAAUAUCAGUGUUCGACACUAUCUUUGCAACAGAACUGUGGGUUCGGACUGUAAAUUUGUGGCUGGACCAGUUAAUUCAUCACCUGAGAUUAGUUUGAGAUGGGAAAGUGGGCCUAGUGCUAGCAUACAUUCUCUGCUGGCUGUAAAAAAUGGUUUUCUUCAGUGUCAUAUAGAGAACUUCAGUGCAGAAUUUCUAACAUCUUCCCUCACAAACAUUCAGCAUUUUCUAGAAGAUGAAACUGUUGCAGCAGUGAUGCCUAUGAAGAUAAAAGUUUCUAACACAAGGAUUAAUUUAAAAGAUGACAGUCCUCGUGAAAAUCUCAAGGCAUCUGAACUAGUACCCAUAACAUUACAUAUUGACAUACUCUCGAUAGAAAGAAAUGAUGAUGGCUCUUUUCUCAUUAGAGACUUUCAAACAGUAAAUGAUGUGUCAAAGACCAAGAAAUCAGGUGAUAAAAUGCAGCAAACAACUGGACCAGUUAGACAUAAAACACAGGACCAAGCAACACAGACAUCCUGUGAAAUUUCCAGACCUUACAAAUCAAGCAGGGAUUCAGCUGCCUCCUUCAGAGAUGAGCUUAUUGAGGAAAAUGAAUGUCUCAAACAGGAACUAGCUAAAGCUAAAAUGGCUCUUGCUGAGGUCCAAAUGGAAAAAGAUGACCUGCUUCUUCAUAUAAAGAAGAUGAAUGUUGAACAUCAUCUGUAGGACAGUGUUCUGUUAGUGCAAGGAUGGUGACAUCUAAAAUACUUUUCUGAAAUGUUGGAAGAUGAGCUUUUCUUCUUUCUCACUCUUUUUUUUUUUUUUUUUUUUUUUUUUUUUUAACCGUGGACAAAAAGUUUUCUCAUCACAAACAAAGUGUUUGUGAAAUAAUUACUCUUCUGAAAUUAUCAUUCAACAUUGUAAUUUUUUCAGCCCUUUUGAAACAAAUGAUGUUGGAAAAAUCAGUUUAUAUUGUACUUUAAUUUACUCAAGAAAAAGAACAUACCCUCUACUUUUAAUAUUAUCAAAUGAGGUGUUAUUUUAAAAACUUUCUCUGAAAACUGGAUGACUCGGCUGUGAAAGAAGGUGCCUAUGUGCAUAACUGAGUAAAAUCCUCAUUAUACAGUACCUCUGUUUGUUAAAAUUAUGUUGUUUUAUUAUUACCAAAAGGUACCUGUACAGGAGGUUACAUUUGCACUAUGAUGAUAUGGGCUAGAUCUCUAGAGUAGUAUAGCUACUGCAAAUUAAAAUACGAAGAAUCCUAAACUGGCUCUAAAUUCAGUGUGGUUUUCCCAGGGAGGAUUUUAAUAAUAAUCUUCCAAUGCUACAGAGUUCCAUGUACUCAUUCCAUAUAAGGUCCUGAAAUACCACAGUAAAGGAGAAUUUAUGUAAGAAGACAUACUAAGGGGGUUUUCUCCUGCAUAAAAGUCCACUGUAUCAUUCCAGCUGGUGUAACUUAGAUAGUCACUUUUUUUUUUUUUGGUGCCUCUGCGAUGAGAAAGUAGCCCUGCAAGAGGAUCUAGCAGUUUGUGAAAGGUGAGCUUUCAGUCGUUUUGCAUGCAUGUCUGAUUUUUGCAUACCUCAUCAGACAUGCCUUAGGAUUUGGUCCAGUGUAUUUAAAUAUGUAAUGUCUAUGCUUGUAAGAAAAAAAAAAAAUCCUACUGGGAUUCAUUAAUUGUAUAUUGCUUUUUUUGAUAAAAAAGCUUCAGAGACUCAUUAAUUACCCUAUGAAAUUGUAAGAUUACAUGAUAUGUAAUUAUACAGUUUAAAUCAUGGGUGAUUUGUAUAAAUUGAACAAUAAUUUUCAGCUAAAAACUGGUACAGAUAAAUAAAAAAGCACAACACUGUAAAAUAUAGAAUAUAAGAGUGUGCUUCUAAACAAUUUAGGGAACAAUAAACAAAAGCAUACAUGCCCAUAAGAGACUAUUUGCCAGAAGUAAAAAUGACUGAAUAAUUUAACUAGUGACCUUGAAUCUGACAACUGAAAAUCUUUUAAUUGCUACUGCAGUCGUUUCUACACCAUAGGAUACUUGAGGGAAGUUUUGUUUGUAGAUAUGCAGAUAAAUCUCAAAGUAUUUAAUAUCCUGUGGUUCGACUUUGCAUAUUGAAGCUAUCAAGCUAGUUUUAAUUAAACUGAUUUUGAUUAAAACUUUUUGGAGGACACACAUAAUUUGCACUGCUGAAAAUAGUUACUGAAAAUAUAUAGAUUUUAAUCAGGAAUUUUAUGGAAGAACUGGUUCAGACACUAUUUAAAAGCCUGCUACCCAGGACCCUGUUUUAAAAUCCAUUUCAUACCAUGGAAAUUUUUAUGUGAACAGGGUAAAUCACCCUGAAUAUGAUGAAAAAAUAUACCUAAGACUGUGUUACUAAUAGAGAAACUGAAUAUUUAUAUUUCAGAAAGGUAUUUAAGACAAUGCAGUAUUAAAUGUGGGUAGUCCAAUUUAAAAGAAACAUAAUACCAGAUUCUGGGAAGGAGUUCUCAACUGGUUUAGUUCUGAUUGGUACUAUUAAAGUCUGAAUUCUAAUUCAGUUUACCCCAACCACAGUCUAAUUAGAAUGAUCUUAAGAAAAGGAAUGUAUAGACUGCUUAGUAGCAUGUUGCUGGAAUAAUAUGUUGAGAUUUGUUUAAUUUUUAAAAAGAAAUAAACAGCAAUAUCAAAAAUC